UAGCGGGUGAAUAGCGUAUAGUCUGCGCCAGAGGCCUGGCAGGACUGCAAGGACACCUCACAGUACGUCAGUGCCGACCUGGGGCUUUCUCUUAACGACUUAGCUCCAAUAUAGUGGCAUCGCUGCGCCGGAGCCGACUGACCAGUCGCAGCAACUGGAAUGACUAGACUGCCAGCACGUCACUCGAAACAGAUGGAGACCAAGCGGUGCCUUCUUCCCAUCCCCAGCAUGGUAGGCAGGUCCGUAGAAUUUCAUAGCCGGCUAAGAGGACGUCUAUUUGCCAUUACGCUGGGAGCUGAUGACCCUCCUCCCACUCGGUACCGAGUGGGAAGCCGGCCCACGCAGCAUCCCACGCGCUUUCCUUCGGUCAUCGUGCCCUCUGUUGCACAGGUGAUGAUGUAUGAUUUUCAUGCACUCCGGUCUAAAGACAUGCUUGACUGGUCCCCGGAGGUGGUCUCAACAUACCGGACUGCGCUAUUUCUUUCUCAUUUCGUAAUUCCAUCAAGUACGAUAUACCCAUUUCGAUGUCGCUGCGUCUGCCCCGGGAAAGAAAAAAAAAGACGAAUACCGCUGGGGCGGAACCGCAGGAACCUGUUAGACAGGGGAAUCAUUUCCCCUAGGAUCCGAUCGGGUUCAGCUCACGAGGUCUUCCAAUGGGCGCGCGCACGGACGAUAUACGCGUGAGCUGCGCCUGACGAUUCCAUAGGAAGAAUGGAAGUAGGGAGUGGUAUUAUUGUCUC